AUGCAGAGUGUGGAUUACGCCCUGGCCUUGUCCCACACUGUCCUAACUGCUGGGAGGCAGAAAAAUAUACCAGUAAAAUGCUUGAUAAAUUUUCUCUGCAGCAAAAACUCAGAGGCCCUGGCCCUGGUCCAGGUGGGGCUGAUUGAUCUUCAGGACCCUGCCCAGGCUCAAACUGUAGGCAUUCAUCGUGCCGUGCCCUACAUAGGCCCCAAGGGACCUUUGGGACCUGGACUAAUCUUCCUGGAACAACCACUACAUUUUCAACCCCUGGUGCUUCCUAUCUGCCUGGAGGAGAGCCUGGAGCAAGAGAAAAACAUACAACUGUAUGACUGCUGGCUACCCAGUUGGUCCCUUAUGAGAGGAAGUCCUGGAAUCCUGCAAAAAAGGCACCUAAGCAUCCUGCAAGCCAGCACAUGUGCCCAGUUUUGGCCCAGACUGAAUGAAUUUACUUUCUGCGUCGAAGCCAAGAAAGCUAUGGGGGAGGCUGGCUGUAAGGGUGACCUGGGGGCACCUCUGGUGUGCCAUCUGCAACAAAAGGACACAUGGGUGCAGGUGGGAAUCUUGAGUCACUUUGAUGAGCACUGCACAAAGCCCUACGUCUUCAGCCAAGUGAGCCCUUUCCUUUUCUGGCUCCAAGGAGUUACACGACCCAGCCAUGCACCCUGGUCCAAGCAAGGGGCAAUGACUACCUCUGCUUCCAUCUCCCUUUCGGCCGCUACCUCUACAAACGCGUCGGCUUUUACCUCCACUCCUGCUUCUAUCCGGCCACACUUCAUCUCUCUACCACAGCCUCAGACUUUGGCAGGUCAGAUUUCCCUGAGAUACGCCAUGCCUUGGCAGGCUUUGAUCAUCAGCUGUGGCAGUCAAGUUUGUAGUGGUUCCAUAGUAAGCAGCUCUUGGGUACUCACUGCUGCCCACUGUGUCAGGAACAUGAAUCCUGAAGACACUGCUGUGAUACUGGGCCUGAGGCACCCUGGGACACCUCUGAGAGUUGUUAAAGUGUCUACCAUCCUGCUGCAUGAGAGAUUCCGGUUGGUGAGUGGGGCAGCAAAAAAUGAUCUCGCAUUGCUUCUCCUUCAAGAGGUCCAGACUCCCCUUCAGCUUUUGGCACCCUUGGGCCAUAUGAAGACCCUGAAUAGCUCAGAAUGCUGGCUGUCUGGGCCACGAAUUCUUAAACCAGGAGAGGCAGAUGAAAAUCCAGAAAUAUUGCAGAUGCAAGUGAUGGGAGCUUCAAGCUGUGCCCACCUCUACCCUGACAUAGGCAGUUCUAUUAUUUGCUUCAUCACACAGGACAAAGACUCAGAAACAAAUGUGGAACCAGUGAGUCCAGGCAGUGCUGUUAUGUGCAGACAAAUGUCUGGGAAUGGCAGCUGGAGACAGAUAGGCCUCACCAGUCUGAAGGCACUGGCUACAACUGUGAGCCCCCACUUCUCCUGGAUAUUAUCAACUUCAGCAAAAGCAGGGCAUCCCCUAAACCAGGCACUGAUGCCUUGGGUGCAAAAACCCAAGUCCUGUAGUCUCCUAAAACAGCCAACGACACUGACACUUUCUUCAGUGGUAAUUAUUGCAGUACAAAGUCUUUUGUAACUCCGUG